GCGCAUCAUAGCAGAUCCUUGUCGUUCCGGCCAAGCUGGGCGCGGCUACUCGCGCAGUAACUGUUGUCAUCCGUCCCUCAGUGAGGAGCCUCAACACUUUGCAUCAUACACUGCUUACCCUCACCUUGCCGGAAGACUGCGCCCGUGCCAAAAUCCACACUGACCUCGGCUGGCGACACAUUAGCUCGCGCUACUCACUCCAUAGGCGGUAAUAACGUAAGGGAAAGGUGCCGAAAUGAAGAGGACCUACACCUGUCGACAUUGCGCUCGAGUUUUCAAGCGCAGUGAGCAUUGCGCCCGGCACGAGAGAGUACAUACACAGGAGAAACCAUUCUCCUGCGCCUAUUGCGAUCGUAAAUAUGCGAGAAAAGACCUCGUCAAGCGGCAUGAGCGAACGCUCCAUGCCGAGCAAUACAGGAAAGCGCACCCGGAAGAGUUUGGCUCGGGAAGCCGACUUUCGGAAGGUUCUGAAUCACCACGAACACCUCACCCGCUCCCUCCUUUGACACCGCCGGAUGAGUACACAUUGAAUCGCGACGCAACUUACACGCCUGUUGUCGACAUGCACAACGCUGAUCCAGAACUCUCAUAUGUCCCUUCAGCGCCUUUCAGAUCGUCUUCCGGUUCAUCAUCUAGCGAUGGCGGGAGACCAUUGCCUCCAGGCGACGAAUCAAUCAACUUUGACUUCCCUCCCAUGAAUUUGGAUUUUCAUCAAGCUCCAGUGCCAGGUCCUCGUGCGGCGUUCCCGUUACAUGUUGAGACGAACUUCUAUCAGGAGCCGCCGACUAAACGGCAGCGAAUCGAAAUUGAUCCGCUCAUCGUUGGCACACGCGGAAACUCAGACAUGCACGUAGUGGAAACACCAAUUUCACAGCUCGGAGUUCAGUACAACGCCAUCGAUCCAAAUCUGGAAGAUCCUCAUUUUGCCCCUUCGUCACUUCCACACGGGUCGCCGACCUGGGAAGAUCUAGAACAGACUGAUUUGUCCGCCGAAUACUUGGCAUUGUUCGAUAUGGAAACCGAGCAGAACAACCGCACAGACAUGAAUACUCAAUCAUCCCAUGAAAGAGUACGAGUUCACUCUGAGCCUUGUGCAAAUCUACGAAAUCUGUACAAUCUUCAGUUCACCGAAGAGAUCCAUCGGCGAAUAUGCGACGACAUCCGGAUGCGAGUAACAGGCCUAGGCCUUCCAGAGACCCUCUUACCUACCUUAAUGGAUCUGCAGCAAUUCUUUUCUGGCUACCUAGAAGGCUUCCACCGCCAUUUCCCCAUUAUUCAUUUGCACUCAUUCGACCCGUACCAAGUCCCCAGCCCCCUGAUAACGGCCAUGUGCAGCAUAGGCGCGCAGUACCGCCUUCGCAGGGAAAAGGCGAAGAACCUCUUCGUCUUGGCGGGCACUAUGAGCUCGCACGCACUCCAUAAUGGUCUCCCGAUCGUGAACGGCAAUCCCGAGCCGGGCCCGCUGUGGGUCAUGCAGACGCGGGUGCUCCUCUCGCUAUCAGGAAUGUUCAGCGGCAUGACAUCGGUUGUGCUACGUACUGUAGAAAAUCUCGGCAUAUUCACCAUCGACUAUCGUCUUAGGAAAGCGCUACUAAAGCGGUCGAACGCUGGAGGUCUGGACUGGGAUGAAUGGGUCUAUCGCGAGAGCAGCAAGCGCCUACUCUUCGGGAUGUAUGUUGUUUCGAACUUGAUAUCGACGACAUUCGGCGUCAUAUCUGGGUUCUCACAUACGGACGAUCUAGAAUUCGAGGACCUGGAAGAGGAGCGCUUCUGGAAUGCUACGUCGGCGCAAGAGUGGCUGCACCUGCGGCAGCUUGGCCCGGCCACAUCUCGGUCACGCUCCACAGUGCGAAGUACUCUGAGUCGCAUAUUGCUCGAUAAGGACCAUGUUACGGGCGGACCACCUGAGGUAUCGGUCCUGACGAUGCUUCUCUUGAUGCACGGCAUGAAUAUCCACAUAGAAGGUAUCCGCCAGGUCAUUGAGCUGAGCCCUGCGCACCUGCACAAGACGCUACUGGAUCCGACCAUAGCGACCCUGUCCGCUUGCGAAGAUAUUCUUGCGGCCGCGCGCCAGCGUAAAGAUACUAGCACACCCUGGACCGAAGCUGAGGGCCCCCUGAUGUUCAACUGCCAGGGCGUAGUUCACAUGGCACAUGUGCGCCUUUUCCUUGACAUGAGUGCCUUCAACAGACUCAUGCUAAUCAAUGAUAAUCCUGAUGAGAUAGCUGCGGCUGCUUAUUCGUUUGCAGAGGCACCACUGCAGCGGAGCGAGGCUUUGACCGGGUUCAUGAAGAAAUCGUACGACAGACAUCACGUGUUGGUGAAGUUGGGUCACAGUCUCUUGCGGAAGACGGCGGCGUUGAGCUGGAGCUUGGAACAUGCCGUCACGGAUUGGGUCGGAAUCCUUCUCGUAACGAAAUGGAUACAUACCGUGGAGACUUCUCCUAGCUCUCCGCCGGAUGCUGACGAAAAUGAGCUUCUCGGUGGCUACAAGCAUCUGCUUGCCGAAACCGACUGCGAGUACAAUGGGGACUCUCUUGCAAGCGCGGUAGCGCACUUCCGGUCUACGAUGCUGAACGACGUCUGGGUAUGGGGCGUAACGCCGCGUAUGUCAGUGGUUCUUCAGCAUUUGGCUUGCGUGUAUGAAGAUAGACAUAGGGCGCUAAAGGGUACAAAUCCUGGUUUUGGUUUGAUGUAGACUUGUACCUAGAUGGACAUUUGGAUAAGAUUCGUUGACCUCUUAAUUAGCGUGGAGUACGGCUACGGGAAUUGUAGGAUAAAAUAGGGAAUCUGGAGCAGCCUCGCCUCGUACACGAAUACAAAGUCGCAACG